CUAUUAUAUAUUGUCUGUCAAAUUGUACAAACAUACUGUCCUUUCAGUCAAAACUUAUUGUAUACACUUGUUGUAGUCAUCAUCGGAUAUCUUAUACUGUAUAUACAUAAAUCAAUUAACACAAAAUGAUUAUUUAUAAGGAUUUAUUGACCGGCGAUGAGAUGUUUACCGACUCUUCCAAAGUAAGACUGAUUGAUGAUAGCCUUUAUGAAGUAGAGUGUCGACCUGUGACCAGAAAACAAGGAGAGAUAGAGAUCGCCGGUUUUAAUCCAUCAGCUGAUGAUGGAGUCGAUGGAGAUGUAGGCACUGACGAAACGGUUGAGACGGGUCUCGAUUUGGUACUAAAUCAAAGACUAUCUGAAACAGGUUUUAGUAAAAAUGAUUACAAAAAUUAUCUGAAGACGUAUACAAAAGAUCUUCAGGAAAAGUGGAAGAGUCUCGAGUGGACGGAUGGCCAGAUUAUUGAGGCAAAGUCUAAGCUGACCGAAGCGGUCAAAAAGAUUUUACCGAAAAUCGGAGAUUUGCAGUUCUUUUUAGGCGAAAGUAUUAAUCCCGACGGUAUGGUUGGUCUUCUAGAGUACAGACAGAAAGAGGACGGUUCGGCUGAAGUGCCGAUUAUGAUGUUCUUCAAACAUGGACUUCAAGAAGAAAAAGUUUAA